UGAAUACAAUUUCAUAACACAACUAUCUAUUUUCCGAUUCCAAAUCCGAGGCCUCGAUUCUUAAUAUCUGAACAGUACUUGAAUGUACGUUUUGCGUUUUGUGCGAAUAGUUCUACGAAACGAUCAYUGAAAGCUGCCACUCGCUUUUAGACGAAAUUAUAAUCGAAGCAUAUCGGCCAAUACUGUAAUCAUGGGAGCUGCUGCUUUACCAAUUUUAAUUUUCACCGGUUUCUGGGGUGUGGUCGGCAUUGUGUUACCAUUUAUCAUUCCCAAAGGACCAGAUCGAGGUGUUCAACAACUCGUGUUGAUGAUGACAGCAGCAACCUGUUAUUUGUUUUGGCUGUGUUGUUAUAUGGCUCAAAUGAAUCCACUAGUUGGGCCAAAAUUAAAUCAACAUACAAUUCUAAUAAUGGCACGCGAAUGGGGGAAUUUAAUACAGUAAUUUCGAUACAGAUGAAAAAUGAAAAAUGAAUCAUAAGUUAUUUGUUAAUAUUUAAUCAUUCCUGUUUUUUAGUUCUUUUUAAAUUUUCCAUUAUUUAUCCAUCUGUUAAACACUUUUAGAUUUCAAUAGAACCACUGGAGAACAUGGAUCAUUUUAAACUGUUUUAGUAAUUUGUUUAAUUAUGUAUGUAUAAAGUAUAAUUUUAAAACUUAAAA